AUGGCGCAGACAUUUCCUCUGGUCUCCAACAAAUCUGUAAAGAUGAAUAGCGAAGUGAUACCUCGACGAACCAAGCUAUCCCAAAACCAAGGUGGUUUAAGUGUCCUUGCAUCAGGGUUUGAUGAAGACCCAUUUGAAACUUCUGAAUCAGAUACAGAUUUGGACACUGGUUUAGUGCAGUAUCUGAGCCAUCCGACAGAAAAAACAUCUCAAGUGCUCAAUAAGCCUAUUCCUCCGUCUUUCCAUUUCAAAAAACACAAUUAUUUUUCUGUAUCUGAUAUGGGGCUUGAUCUUGAGGAUGAAAUGGAAACAUCUACUUUUGGCCAAUCAGCGAAUCUAUCCAAUACAGCAGUAUCCAUUCAGCAAUCUCUUGCCUAUCCAAUUGGACACGUACCUCUUGCCCAGCACAUCAAACCUAAAGCCCAUGUGGCUCCCGCGGCUGAUUCGGAAAGUAUCCUCAAAGAAACUGAUAAUCAAAGCGUAUCACAAAAAACACUUGCCAAAUCGAAUUCCAAUCUGGAUAUUCAAAACAACACGGCAGUUCAACCUUUAGAUCACAUGGAACAAAUCAUAAGCUUACAAAAAACAAUCGAAAAAUACAAAGCAGAAAGUAGAAUUAAAGACAAAGAAAUUGCAUCGCUCAGAAAAGAAGUGGUUGGAAGUCAGACUGGGUUUCCAGUUGGAGGAGCAGAUAAUACAGUUACAGAUAUGCUUUUAAAACCAAACAUGACAAAGGAUGCCAAAGUAAUUGAAUUGGCUAAAAAGGCACGCCGAUUGACUGUCGCAUAUGAACGAGAACGAUCGAUGAAUGCAACCCUCCAAAUUCAACUCAAGCAACAAAGAGAAGCUGCUGUGUCUCGGCAGGAAAUUGAAUCUGAUGAUUUAAAAAAACUACCUCGACAGUCGGAAAUCAAAGUUUUGAAGGAUAAAAUUGCGCAGAUAACAAGAAAAUUGGAGGAGGAGCGUAUUGCUGGGCAAAGCCUCAAAUCAGACAUCAGACUCGCUCAAAAGGCAUUGCUGCUAGAAAUUGGUGACGAUGCUCCUAUUCAAAAUAUUGUCAAGGGAGAUGUAGGUGGAUGGAAAGGUCGUGCCGAGCAGAUUGCCUUGCUCAAGGAUAAAGUCAAGGAAUUAUCGCGUAAACUUGCCAGAAUGUCAUCCAACAGCAGGAUAUCCAAUGCCAACUUUACUGGAGAAGCUGAUCAUUACGAUCUUAAAAAUCGUGAAUCCAUUCAAAAGAUUGAAAGCACACGCAAAUCAGAUUUGGAUAAAGCCAUUGCGGAGUUGGAACAAUCACGCAGCAAUACCAGUAGUAUAAAAUCAAAGUGUGAUGCAUUGGUGGCUCGCAACAGAAUUUUGGAAAGAGAGGUCAAAGAUCUUCGAACCAAGAUUGGUGUGUUAUUGCGAAAAGGGGAAAACGAUGAUCGUCUUAUUCAAGCUCUAAAACAAGACGCUUUCAAAACAAAGUCUGACGCGGAGCGCGGUCAAGCUGCAAUAUUUGAUAGGUUGCGUCUGCUUUGUGCCGAUCAAGAAGGACAGAUUCAGCAGUUGCAGACACAGUUACAGGAAGCCAGCAACACAUCCGACUGCGUGAAAAAGCAUUUUGCAACGCAAACAACUCCAGAAAAUAUAAUACCUGCAUCAGAGCAAACUUCUCAGAUGAAUGGAUUGCAAUCAAUAAUUCACUCGUUAAAGCUAGAGAUUGAAUCACUACGAACAUUGAAUAGUGAGUUGGAACAGCGACUAAAUAUUUUUCCAAGUCCUAGCGUGAAUUGUGAAAUAGAAAGAAAAGCACCGAGUAGUUGUUUAAAAGACGGCAAGACUAAAAAGAGAACAACGACAGAAGAACAUGCAAUACCCAAACAACAGGAUGCGAUUCGAAUGCAAAACAAGCUUGAUCUGUUAGUGAACGAGAAUGAGGCUUUGAAAAUGUCAAUUCAAUCAAUCAAUGAUGCCAAGGCAAAAGAUCUAGACAUGUAUAAAGAACUGUUAGAUACCACUAGGUCCAUGUUUGACAGAGAUAUAAAAUCACUAGUAGAUCGUCUAGAGCGCCAAUCGUGA